UAUAAAAAGAAAUAUGAGAAAAAAAUGAUCUUGCCAUACAGUUGGCUGGACCUUAACUAUCUCUUCAUUAUUUUGCGGUUGUUUAAUUUUUUUUUCUUUGAUGCUCAUUCAUUUCUUCAUUUUCUUCUUCUCUUUUCUUUCUUUUAUGUUUCAACUUUUUUUUCCUUCAUAAAUUGUAAAGGGAAAAAAGGGUAUUGAGGAAGAGAGGAAAAGGGUUUGUUUGAAUUUUGGGUUUAGAAAUUAAAGGAAGGGAAAAAAAAUGAGGGAGGUGAUUAGUGUUCAUAUAGGACAAGCUGGAAUUCAGGUUGGGAAUUCAUGUUGGGAGCUUUACUGCCUUGAACAUGGCAUUCAGCCUGAUGGGAUGAUGCCUAGUGAGGGCAAUGCAGGUGGUAACCAUGAUGCCUUCAGCACCUUCUUUAGCGAGACUGGAUCCGGAAAAUACGUGCCGAGAGCUUUAUUCAUCGACCUAGAGCCGACCGUCAUCGACGAAGUUCGGGCUGGGACUUACCGGCAACUGUUCCAUCCGCAACAACUUAUUUCCGGCAAGGAAGAUGCUGCUAAUAACUUUGCUAGAGGACACUAUACAGCUGGUAGGGACAUUGUGGAAGUUUGCCUUGACCGAGUUAGAAAAUUGGCUGAUAACUGCACUGGAUUGCAAGGGUUUUUGAUGUUUAAUGCCGUGGGCGGUGGAACUGGUUCCGGUUUAGGCUCGCUGCUUUUGGAGCGCUUGUCGGUUGAAUAUGGGAAAAAGCCUAAACUUGGCUUCACUAUCUAUCCUUCUCCACAGGUUUCUACAGCAGUUGUUGAACCUUACAAUAGUGUUCUCUCAACUCAUUCUCUCCUUGAACACACAGAUGUUGUGGUGCUUCUCGACAACGAAGCUAUAUACGAUAUCUGUAGGCGAUCGUUAGACAUUGAAAGGCCGACUUACAAGAACUUGAACCGCUUAAUAUCACAAAUCAUUUCGUCUUUGACGUCUUCGUUGAGGUUUGAUGGUGCCAUAAACGUUGACAUUACUGAGUUUCAGACGAACCUCGUGCCAUAUCCUCGUAUCCAUUUCAUGCUCUCCUCAUAUGCCCCGGUGAUCUCGGUUGCAAAGGCUUACCACGAAAACCUAUCGGUUGCCCAGAUUACCAGUGGUGUUUUUGAACCGGGAAGCAUGAUGGCUAAAUGUGAUCCGAGGCACGGAAAAUACAUGGCGUGCUGUUUGAUGUACCGCGGAGAUGUCGUACCAAAGGACGUAAAUGCUGCUGUUCGUAACAUUAAAACUAGGCGGGCGGUUCAGUUUGUAGACUGGUGCCCUACUGGUUUCAAGUGUGGCAUCAACUAUCAGCCACCAACGGUGGUACCCGGGGGUGAUCUCGCUGAGGUAAGACGUGCGGUGUGUAUGAUCAGCAAUAACACAGCGGUGGCAGAGGUUUUCGCCCGAAUUGAUCAUAAGUUUGAUCUCAUGUAUGCAAAGAGAGCUUUCGUUCAUUGGUACAUAGGUGAAGGAAUGGAGGAAGGUGAAUUCUCCGAAGCUCGUGAAGAUCUCGCCGCUCUCGAGAAAGAUUAUGAAGAAGUCGGAGCAGAAGGUCCCGAAGAUGAUGAAGAACCACUGGAAGAUUACUAGAUCAUCUACCAUUUCAUGAAUACAACAGCUAAUGGUUAUAUUCCUUAUCUAAUUGAAUCAUUAGCAUUUUUCCAAUAAAAUCAUGAUGUCUAAAAUAUCAGAUACAGAUAUGUAUUUAAUGAGUACAAUUGAAUUUUUGUACGUUUUUUCAUGUAUUUGGAUACGAGUACUUUGAUAAAAUCAAUUGGCCUUGAAGGCCAUAUUAUUUGCUAACAAAUAUUUCAUCAAGAAAACCCAGUAAAUUGAAACAAUUGAGAGAUUUUUCUUAAUCAUUCAUGGACAUUUCCAAUCUUUCAUAAAGCCCUCUUUCACUUGGCACUGGCAAGUUGGGUUCGGAGCAACUUAGCGGCAGCAACCAUGUUGUUGAGUGCCGGUUUCACCUCUGCAUACUUGCGAGUCUUGAGUCCACAGUCAGGGUUAACCCACAAGAUGUUGGUCUCGAGCACCGCAAGCAUCUUGUCGAUCCUAUCGGCGAUCUCUUCGGUCGAUGGUAUUCUUGGAGAGUGGAUAUCAUAGACACCAGGGCCAA